AUUUCAGGUGGUACACAGACAUGGCGCAGAUGGUAGGGAAGAGAGAGGAAGAAGUGGAAGAUAAGUCAGAGGAGCAUCCAUUGCCUCUCAUGGCGAUUAAUCACUUAUCAAGGCUCUGCAGGUCUGUCAAGGAUUCGGUGGAUUUCUACGUGAAGGUUCUUGGGUUCGUGUUGAUUGAACGUCCACCAGCCUUUGAUUUCGACGGUGCUUGGUUGUUCAAUUAUGGCGUUGGGAUUCACUUGAUACAAGCGAAAGAUGAGGACGGGUUGCCUGAUUCUACUGACCACCUCGACCCCAUGGACAAUCAUGUCUCGUUUCAGUGUGAAGACAUGGAUGCCAUGGAGCAGAAGCUUAAAGAUAUGAACAUAAAAUAUAUAAAGCGAACAGUAGAAGAUAAAGAUAACACGAGCAUUGAUCAGUUGUUCUUUAAUGACCCAGAUGGAUUCAUGAUCGAGAUAUGCAACUGCGAGAAUCUGAAGCUUGUUCCUGCUGGUUCGCUUGGGCGUAUAAAGCUUCCUAUGGACCACCACAAUCCGCCUCUUGAAUUAGACCACAAAAACGACCCCAAUUCUACACAUUGAUGAAAGAGGAAGAAGAAGCAAC